AUGAACACGACGUACCUCGAGUCCUGCUGCCGACAGAUCGAGGAGGCGGCAGAGUACCCCAGCGACGCGCUCCUGGUCCACCUCUUCAAGAUCCAGCAGCUCGCGCAGACAAUCUCCCUCACGCUCGGGACGGAGAGCAAAAGCUUCCAGUCGCUGCAGCUACCCCUGACCAUGGUCGUUCAGAGUUUUCAGCAGCAGCUCGACAUUUUCAAGACGUCGCUGCCGGAGCACCUCAAGGACAAUGUCGGCCUCCUCGCGCAUAUCAGCAUAGCCCAAGUCCUCCUCUACGAAAUCGGCAUCCCCGAAGCUCAGGGCCCGGCGUCCUUCAUCUCCCUCACGGAACGCCUCGAGCUCCUCUGGGGCUGCUGCAGUGCCGCGAAACAGUUUCUCGAGAUCCGCUUCCCGCGCAACCACCUCAGCUUGCAGCCGCGCUUCACCUGCCUCAGCUCCUCGGAUUUUCUGUACGUCUUCAUUGUGUGCCUCAAGCUCAUGACGCUCGACCAGGUGCCCGGGUGGGACCUGCCGCUGGUGCAGAAGCACCUCGAUCUCGGCGGGGUGGUCGAGAGCCAGGUGGCGCACUUGGAAGUAUUUGUGGCGCAUCGGAGCGGCAAGUUCAGGAGGGCGGCGGCGGAUGCGGCUGCUGCGAGGGGGGGAGAAGAUGCAGCGGCGGCGACGGCGGCGACGGAUGUUCCCGGUCCGAAGGUGGUUGAUCCGUUUGUGAGGUUGACGGAGAUGCUGCGGUACUUCAAGGAUAUCGUAAAGGGCGAGCUGUGCGGGCUCAAGUCGCAGCCGGCGAUCCAGGAGCCGAUUCAGCUGCCUGCCAACCUGUCGGACGGCACGCAGGCCAUGAUUCGAGAUCUGGAUGCGUCGUUUUGGACGGGCGUGCUCGGGGAGGAUGCUGCUGGGACGUGGGAUGUCGGGAGUAUGUUCCCUUCCAUGGACUGGACUGCCACUUAA